AUGGAGUUCGGUGGUUCUAACACUCGUGCUUGCUACAACUGUGGUGAGGCUGGUCACCAGGCUCGCGAAUGCCCUAAGCGUGGUACUCCGGUUUGCUACAACUGUGGCCAGGAUGGUCAUAUGAGCAGAGACUGCACCAGCCCCGCGAAGGAGAAGAGUUGCUACCGUUGCGGCCAAUCAGGUCAUCUCUCUCGUGAGUGCAGCGAGCCUGCCUCCCAGGCUGGUGGUGGCGGCAACUACGGCGGAAACCCCGGUUUUGGCGGACAGGCUGGUGGCGCUGAGUGCUACAAGUGCGGCAAAGUAGGACACAUUGCCCGCCAGUGCAGCGCAAUGCCGCAGCAAGGUGGAUACGUAGGCCCCGCGUCUGGCAACCGUGCGCAGACUUGCUACUCAUGCGGCGGAUACGGACAUUUGUCUCGUGAUUGCACCCAGGGCCAGAAGUGUUACAACUGUGGCCAGAUCGGCCAUCUUUCUCGUGAUUGCCCCAGUGAGCAGGACCGUGUUUGCUACAAGUGCAAGCAACCUGGUCACGUCAUGGCCGCCUGCCCUGAGGGCCAAGCCGCGUAA